AUGAGCCCGACAUCGUUGCCUGGAACACCCUCUGGAGAGCUGAUAAGGUCAGUGGGUAGUAACGAAAGACCAGAUGGUCCUUUUUUGUCCUUCUUGGUGGACCAGUUGACAAAAGUGGAAGAACAAAAUGAGUGGUUAAAGAAUAAAGUGAUCCAAUUAGAGAAGGAGCAAGAGGAGUAUUAUCUUGAUGGCCAAAAGAGAAUGGAAAUUGGGUUUCGAAAUGUUGCUAAAUGCGUUGAAGAAGUUGGUGCCAUGAGAGAGGUGUUCAAAGAGAUUGUAGGGAUAAUGUCUGGAGAAAGGGUACGAUUUGUGGAUCCUUCUAAUGAGAACGUUACCAAUGAAGAAGUUGACAGGGUAUCAUCAUCAACAUUGUUGGCCAAUAAUUCAAGGAGGGAGAGGCAAGAACGUAGGCAACAGUAUGAGGCUGAUUAUACGGCCCUUAAUACAGACUCAACUGUAAAGACAGAGGAAUCAGUAAGGGAUUCAGGGAUUUUACAUCAUGAAGACGACCAUGAAGACGGUGACGAUAGCGAUUCAAGUCGUGGGGCUGAGUAUCAAAGAACUGUAAGUUAUAAGAUUAAUAGAGCUAUUCAAAGCGUCCAUGAUGUAGCCCGUGAAUAUUUUGAAGGUUUACCUGGUAGACCAUCUUUAAUGUCUUUGGAAAGACGUUAUGGAUCCACUUGGAGACGUAGUUCCAAAGAAAGAACGCUUUUUGCUAAAAGGAUGUGUAUCAUCAAUAAAAUUAACGAUGUUAGGAAAAAUCCAACUCAUUAUGGGUUACCUGAGUCAAUUAAUAGGAAUAUGGCAAUCAAAGUAGUGGAGAAUAUUAGAUUAGGUAAUAAUAAUUUCCAAGGUCAUCAUUGCAGGUUAUCCCUCUCACAGCUUUACACAUAUUUCUCAAAAAAAAUGGAUCAAUUGGAAGAUUAUUCAUUAAGUUUAAAGAUAAGAGGUGAACCAAGAAGAAUUUAUCUUAUGAGAGAAAGGGAAGCUCGCUUGGAAAGAGCUGGAAGUGAAGAAGAGGUACUGGAAAGUGUCUCCUUGUCGAAGCCUUCCACCGAUGGAGAAAAUUGA